AUGUGCACAUUCACAAUUCAUAUUUGUGUACGCGAGACAGUUGCUAUGAUGAUGGUAUGGCAUAAGCAGUGCUUCAAGUGUACAGUAUGUGGCAUGACGUUGAAUAUGAAGAACUACAAAGGGUACAAUCGGAUGCCGUAUUGUGAGCCUCACUACCCGAAAACAGUGGCAUCUGUAGUUGUGGAUACACCAGAAAUGCGACGACUGGCCGAAAAUACCAGGUUGCAGAGUCAGGUGAAAUAUCAUGAACAAUUCGAGAAAUCGAAAGGACAAAAAAUCGAGAUUGCUGAUGAUCCAGAAUUGGCACGUCAUUUACGAAACACAAGAGUUCAGUCACAGGUCGCGUAUCAUGGUGAGUUGGAGAAGAAGAAACUUCAAGAUGAGAUUCGACCUGCAGCCGAACAAGUUUCCGGAGCUGUUGCAGACGCAGUAGAUGGGCAAAGUGAGUUAUUAUUAUUCCCAAUUCCAGUACAAUUCUUCCUAACCUCAUCAGCAAUCACGAUUGCCACUGCUAACAGUUGUGGUGUUGAAUUCGUUGAUAGUAAUAAGACAGAAUCUGCGACCUCAUACGGUUUCGUGGCUGAAUCACAUACACCAGUGCCGGCGUCCGGCAACUAUACGCAGCCUCAAAAUGCGCCUAGCAGAGCCACGGCCACUGGGAGCAGGCCUGAAGGAGGUGUCGGAUCACCGUAUUCACGCCGGUUGGCAUCGCAGUCCGGCACAGUAAUCUACUCGUCAGAACAGGGUGGUCGAGUGCCGAUACAACAGAGGCCAGUCGGAAGUAUUGCCGAUUACGAUCCUUUGAAUGGUAACUGGGGGACGGUUGGUUCGAGUCGAGCUUCCGAGAAGAUUGGUACGCUUCAUCAAUCCUGUCGUAAAUUCUAUCGCAUCCUUCUUGCAGCUAAAAGCUUUCGAGUCGAUUUUUCGACGUUUGCAUUGUUUGAAGGUGCCUUGAGUGGUGCAAAACAGCAACAACAACAACAACAACAUAAAGCGGCUCCAGCUCAGGCUCAACCAGCAGCAGCAGCCGUAGUGAACGGUGCACAGGGUGUUGGAGUUGGUGUGAUCAAACCAGGUGCAGGAGGCGCUGGAUUCACCGUUAAGGCACUUUAUGACUAUACAGCUGCCGAUAAGGACGAGGUGACAUUCGUUGAAGGCGAUAUCAUAGUGAACUGUCAAAAAGUGGACGAAGGUUGGAUGACGGGAACCGUGAAGAGAACACUUCAAUGGGGAAUGUUACCGGCCAACUAUGUGGAACGAAUCAAACAGUCUGCUACUGGAUUACAUUAUCUCAGCUGA